AUGGCGCCCAGGAGGGACGCACAGUGCUGGCGCCUGCUUUUGCUGCUUUCCACCUCCGCGCUUCUCCCCGGGGUCAUUCGGACCCGCUCGGCGACAGGACUGGCCGCCCAGGGCCACCUGGACCUCACGGAGCUCAUCGGUGUCCCGCUGCCGUCCUCCGUGUCCUUUGUCACCGGCUACGGUGGCUUCCCAGCCUACAGCUUUGGGCCUGGUGCCAACGUCGGGCGUCCGGCCAGGACCCUCAUCCCGUCCCCCUUCUUCAGGGACUUCGCCAUCAGCGUGAGGGUGAAGCCCAGCAGCCCCCGGGGCGGUGCGCUCUUUGCCAUCACGGACGCCUUCCAGAAGGUCAUCUAUCUGGGCCUGCGGCUCUCGGGCGUGGAGGACGGCCGCCAGCGGGUCAUCCUCUACUACACGGAGCCCGGCUCCCAGGUGUCCCGCGAGGCCGCCGCCUUCCUGGUGCCCGUGAUGACCCACAAGUGGAGCUACUUUGCUGUGGUCGUCCAGGGCGAGGAAGUGACCCUCCUCGUGGACUGUGAGGAGCACGACCGCGUCCCCUUUCCGAGGUCCUCCCAGGCCUUGACGUUCGAGCCCAGCGCGGGAAUCUUUGUGGGCAAUGCAGGAGCUACGGGGCUGGAGAGAUUCACUGGCUCCGUGCAGCAGCUCAUCAUCCACCCUGACCCCAGGACUCCCGAGGAGAUGUGCGAAGCUGAAGAGUCCUCGGCAUCUGGAGAGACCAGCGGGCUCCAGGAGACAGAUGGAGUAGCUGAGAUCUUGGAAGCGGUCACCUACACUCAAGCCCCAUCUCAAGAAGCAAAAGUUGAACCCAUACACACACCUCCAACUCCAUCCCCUGCCUCUGAGGAUGCAGAGCUUUCCGGUGAGCCUGUACCUGAAGGGACCACGGAAACCAGCGACUUGAGUGCUGCCCCGCACAGCAGCCCUGAGCGAGGGUCCGGUGAGAUCCUGAAUGGCACAGUGGAGACACUUGAGACUGUGGACGGUUCCCCGGCUACAGACACUGGCUCGGGGGAUGGGGCCUUCCUGCACGUCACUGAAGAGGUGAAUUUGGCAGCCACAGCAGCGGGGGAGGCCAAGGUGCCCACCAGCCCUGCUGCGGAAGCAGACGCCAGCAGUGUGCCCGCCGGGGGACUGACGCUCUCCAUGUCUGCCGAGGACCCCGGGGAGGGCGUCACUCCGGGUCCAGAAAACGAAGAAGGUUCGGCAGCAACAGCGGCCGGGGAGGCCGAGGAACCCGUCAGCAUUGCCAGGGGAGCAGAAGCCGGCAGCGUGCCCACCGGGGGGCUCACCCUCCUUAUGCCCACCCAGGACCCUGGAGAAGCGGUCACUCUGAGUCCAAUCAGUGAAGAAGGCUCUUCAACAAUAGCAGCUGUGCCGCUCGGCACUUUUGAGGAAGAAGAGGCCAGCGGGGUCCCCACCGAUGACCUGGCUUUCGUCACACGCACGGCGGCCCCCGAGCGAGGGGUCACUUCUGGUCCUGGUGACGAAGACGUCGCAGCAGCCACGACAGAGGAGCCCCUUACGGCGGCUGCGGCAGACGCACUGGGCAGCGGCCCCCCGGAGGGGCCCCCGCUCCCCUCACCCUCGGUGGCGCCUGAAGGAGGGGCCCCUCCGGGUGAAGCUGAGGAGGGGUUUCCUGGCCCCCCUGGACCUGCCGGGCCUCCUGAACCCACGCCGGGGAACCUUUUCUCUCUGCAGGCUGAGGGCUCCGGCCUGGGCUGGGGCCUGGAUGUCGGCUCUGGCUCUGGUGACCUGGUGCACAGUGAGGAGCUGCUGAGAGGUCCUCCAGGUCCCCCAGGCCCACCUGGCUUACCUGGGAUCCCAGGAAAACCAGGAACUGAUGUCUUCAUGGGACCCCCUGGAUCUCCUGGAGAAGAUGGGCCCACCGGUGAACCUGGUCCCCCGGGCCCUGAGGGAAAGCCUGGACUUGAUGGAGCCUCUGGUCUUCCUGGCAUGAAAGGGGAGAAGGGAGCUAGAGGACCUAAUGGCUCAGUUGGUGAAAAGGGUGAUCCCGGCAACAGAGGCUUACCAGGACCCCCAGGGAAAAAUGGACAAGUUGGCGCUCCUGGGGUCAUGGGACCCCCAGGGCCUCCCGGACCCCCUGGGCCCCCAGGCCCUGGAUGUACAACAGGACUUGGAUUUGAGGAUACCGAGGGCUCAGGCAGCAUCAGGCACUUACAUGAGUCCCUCUCUGGGCCGACGGCUUCAAGUGGUCCCAAAGGAGAAAAAGGAGACCGGGGACCUAAGGGUGACAGAGGGAUGGACGGAGCCAGCAUUGUGGGCCCCCCCGGGCCCAGGGGGCCACCGGGGCGCCUCGAGGUCCUGUCUAGUUCUUUGACCAACAUCACCCAAGGAUUCAUGAAUCUCUCGGACAUUCCUGAGCUCGUCGGGCCUCCGGGCCCCGAGGGCAUGCCUGGGCUGCCAGGAUUCCCGGGCCCGAGAGGUCCAAAAGGUGACACUGGCGUCCCUGGAUUUCCAGGACUAAAAGGAGAACAGGGUGAGAAGGGAGAGCCGGGUGCCAUCCUGACGGGGGAUGUUCCUCUGGAAAGGCUGAGGGGCCAAAAGGGUGAACCCGGAGAGCACGGAGCCCCGGGACCAAUGGGACCCAAAGGACCACCAGGACACAAAGGAGAAUUUGGCCUCCCUGGGCGACCUGGUCGCCCGGGACUGAACGGCCUCAAAGGCGCCAAAGGAGAGCGAGCGGUGAUGAUCCCGGGUCCACCUGGCAUUCCUGGUCCUCCAGGCCCCCCAGGACCACCGGGAGCUGUGAUUAACAUCAAAGGAGCUGUCUUCCCGAUUCCAGUCCGGCCACACUGCAAAACACCUGUUGGUACCUCAUAUUCUGGGAACUCAGAACUCAUCACUUUUCAUGGUGUUAAAGGAGAAAAAGGAUCCUGGGGCCUUCCUGGCUCAAAAGGAGAAAAAGGCGACCCAGGGCCCCAGGGACCACCAGGCCCUCCUGUGGAUCCAGCUUACCUGAGGCACUUUCUGAGCAGCUGGAAGGGGGAAAAUGGCGACAGGGGAAUCAAAGGAGAAAAAGGAGACUCCAACAGUGGCUUCCCUGGCUUCCCUGUGUCAGGGCCUCCGGGCCUGCCAGGCAGCCCAGGUGUGCUGGGCCAGAAAGGGGAAGCCGUUGUCGGGCCCCAGGGACCCCCAGGUGCUCCUGGCCUGCCUGGGCCACCCGGCUUUGGGAGACCUGGUUCCCCUGGGCCACCAGGACCCCCGGGACCACCAGGCCCUCCAGCUAUCCUGGGAGCAGCUGUGGCCCUUCCAGGCCCACCUGGCCCUCCAGGACAACCAGGGCUUCCCGGAUCCAGAAACCUGGUUACAACGUUUAGCAGUAUGGGCGACAUGUUACAGAAAGCACAUUUGGUCACAGAAGGGACUUUCAUCUACCUGAAGGACAGCACCGACUUUUUCAUUCGUGUCAGAGAUGGUUGGAAAAAAUUACAGCUGGGAGAACUGAUUCCCAUUCCGGACGACAGCCCUCCUCCCCCCGCGCUUUCCAGCAACCCUCAUCAGCCUCAUCUUUCGCUGACAUCUAUUUCAAAUGUCAAUUAUGGCAGACCUGCACUACACUUGGUUGCUCUGAACACGCCGUUUUCUGGGGACAUUCGAGCUGAUUUCCAGUGCUUCCAGCAGGCCAGGGCUGCAGGACUGUUGUCCACCUACCGAGCAUUCUUAUCCUCCCAUUUGCAAGAUCUCUCCACAGUUGUAAGGAAAGCAGAGAGAUAUAGCCUUCCAAUAGUGAACCUCAAGGGCCAAGUACUUUUUAAUAAUUGGGACUCAAUUUUUUCUGGCCACGGAGGUCAGUUCAAUACACACGUUCCAAUAUAUUCCUUUGAUGGCCGAGAUGUAAUGACAGAUCCUUCCUGGCCCCAGAAGGUCGUCUGGCACGGCUCCAGCACCCACGGAGUCCGUCUUGUGGACCAGUACUGUGAAGCGUGGAGAACCGCCGACAUGGCAGUCAUGGGCUUGGCCUCCCCGCUGAACACGGGGAAGAUUCUGGACCAGAAAGCAUACAGCUGUGCUAACCGGCUAAUUGUGCUGUGUAUCGAAAACAGUUUCAUGACAGAUGCGAGGAAGUAA